AUGGACAUCCCCAAGACUAUGAAGGCUCUGUUGUACACAGAGCCAAAGAAACACAGUAUCGUCGAGGUCCCUGUGCCUCAGAUGCGUGAGAAUGAUGUCUUGAUCAAGGUCAAGGCUUGCGGUGUUUGCGGUACCGAUUUGCACAUCCACGAGGGUGAAUUCAUUGCCAAGUUCCCUCUGAUCCCCGGCCACGAAACUGUCGGCGUCGUCGCCGCCAUCGGCCCAAAAGUCCAAGACUUCCAGAUCGGUGAACGUGUCGUCGCAGACAAUUCCGAGCUAUGUGGAACAUGCUUCUACUGCCGUCGUGGUGACGAGCUCUUCUGCGAGCACUUCGAGGCCCACGGUGUGACGAUGAACGGCGGUUUCGCCGAAUACUGCGCCUACCCUGCCGGUCGAGUCUUCAAAAUCAAGAAUCUAUCCGACGUCGACGCAACCCUCCUCGAACCAGCCUCCUGCGCCGCCCACGGUCUGGACAAGAUCGCCCCAAAGAUGGGCUCAUCCGUUCUUAUCUUUGGUGCUGGACCAACCGGUCUUGUAUUGGCACAAAUGCUCCGCCAGAACGGUGGCUGCAAUGUAAUUGUUGCUGCACCACAGGGAUUGAAGAUGGAUCUUGCCCAGCAGCUCGGAGCUGGCGACAAGUACAUUGAACUUUCGCGCCAGAACCCACAGGCUCAGUUCGAUGCAUUGAAGGCUGAGAAUCCAUACGGCUUUGAUAUUGUUGUUGAGGCUACUGGGAGCCAGAAGAUCCUUGAAGAUUCGAUUAACUAUGUUCGUCGUGGUGGUAAGCUUGUUGUUUACGGUGUUUACUCGAGUGAGAUUCGGGUUUCAUGGUCGCCCGCCAAAAUUUUUGGAGAUGAGAUUACUAUUCUUGGUAGUUUCUCGGAGACCUACAAGUUCCCUGCUGCUGUUGAUUAUCUUGAUUCUGGAAAGGUCAAGGUUGAUGGUAUUGUCAACAAGGUGUACAAGAUUGAGCAGUGGGAGGAGUGUCUUGAGGCUAUGCGCAACAAGUCUGCUAUCAAGGCUGCCAUCACCUUCGACUAG